UCGCUAGAAUGGAUGAUACCAUAGUUGGGUCCCGGUUCGGGAAACCGGGAUCGUCGUCGUUGUUGUCGUAAGUCGUAAGUCGCGAAGUCGCGCGCGCCGUUCCAAUCGUUGUUGCUUUCGUCAUGAUGUUGUUGAUGAGGUGCGCGCCUUCUAGGUCGUCGACUCAGGCAUUGGGACGCGACCAUUAUUCCGGCGAUUUUUGUUUCUUUUAUUGUGCGCGCAAUUUCAAGUGUUUGGUGCUGCCUUACAGUGAUACUUAGGAAAAAAAGUGCGACAAUAAAGCGAAAAAUGUGAUUCGUAAGUGACAAAUGCCAGAAGAUUCUUAAAUUUCACCAGCAAGUGCCAUCUCAGUGCCGAGUUUGAAUAGUUCGAAUUUUCAAAAAAAAAAUUCCUCGAUCAUGCUUCGAUCCUUCAGUGUGCUAUACCCAAGAAAAAUUGUGAGCGUUACGUCAUACGUAACGACUAGCUUACCGUAAGAAUAAUUCUAGAAUGGAUGUGUACCAACUGGAUUCCCCAAACGAUGGGCUGAGCUCUAGUUUGGUAAAACUGGACGAGGAUUUAGAGGAAAUGUCCUUUGACGCUGGUUCGGAAUUCAAUUUGCAUUUUUUCGAUACCCCCGAAGAUUCCAACACCCAAAGUGGACUUAGCGAUCACGAAGAAUCGGUGGAAUCGAGUUCGACCACUAGGGGAACACCACCGAGCCCAGUGCCACGACUUUUACCACCUCCCCCACCGUUGGCUAUUUCUGUAGGGCAGGAUCCGAUUUCGAGCACCAUCGUGGUGACCAGUUCCUCGUCGCCAAUGACCCUCGUGAAUCCGGCAACCUGUCUGGUGAUAACGUCCUCAGAAAUGGCCAAGGUGUCAUCCAGCAGCUUCGAGCCGCCACCGGGAAUGGUGCACCAGCAGCGAGUGGCCACUGGGAAUCGUUUAGAUCCGCCCUGUUCCGCCUCGGAUGCCAGCUCGACCACCUCGAACAAAACGUUCGUCGCGUGUAAGGUCUGUGGGGAUAAGGCUUCCGGCUACCAUUACGGGGUGACCUCGUGUGAAGGCUGCAAAGGAUUCUUCCGGCGCAGCAUCCAGAAGCAGAUCGAGUACCGGUGUCUGCGCGAUGGCAAGUGUCUGGUGAUACGGCUCAACCGGAACCGCUGUCAGUAUUGCCGCUUCAAGAAGUGUCUCGCCGUCGGGAUGAGUCGAGAUUCUGUUCGAUAUGGUCGCGUUCCGAAGAAAUCUCGUGAAGCCGGAAACAACGGAGCCUCGGCGGAAGAAAUGAACGUGUGUGUCAAUUCGACGACACCGAAUCCGGUGUCGGUGAUGAGUAGCUGCGGCGUAUCGGCCAAUUCGACAGCGACCGUCGUAGCCCCGCCAGUGAUCAGUGCCAGCAAUAAUCUUAAUAGCAACAAUAUCAACAACAAUAAUAAUAACAUUAGUACUAGUAAUAAAAAUAACAACAAUAUUAGCAAUCACAACAACAGCAAUUCCGUCGAAAGUAUGACGAACUGCGCGGAAAUCAGCACUUCGACGGCGGUUGUCACCAUUUUACCGGAUUCCUUGACGGUUGGGUUCAAUCCACCGGAACUGUCCAUCUACGAUAUCAUCCACUGUGUGGCACAGGCCCAUCGGGCUCACAGCACCUACACGACCGAGCAGGUCAAAGAACUGAACCGGAUUUCGUUGGUCAACUGUAGCGAGAAGAAUAACCUUAUCCUGCAAUCGCUGGAUACCAUCGAGGAUCAGCGGAUCUGGCUGUGGCAGCAAUAUGCCCUGCGGAUAACUCCGUCGGUGCAGCGGAUUGUCGAAUUUGCCAAGCGAGUUCCGGGCUUCGGAGAGUUCCUGCAAGACGAUCAGCUGAUCUUGCUAAAGUUGGGUUUCUUCGAGGUGUGGUUGAGUCACGUGGCCCGAGCAACUUCCGAUACGUCACUUACCUUCGACGAUGGGGUCUACUUUUCGAGGGCCCAGCUGGAGGUUAUCUAUGAUAUUGAUUACGCCAACGCAUUGUUCAACUUCACGAGCGGACUGAACGGAUGCUGCCUGAGCGACACCGAAAUCGGACUAUACUCAGCCCUAAUUCUCCUCUCGGAUCGCCCGGGUCUAACCGAAACCAAGAUGAUCCUGAAAACGCGCGAAUGCAUAGCGGAAGCCCUGCGGGUCCAGAUCACCCGAACCCGCCCCAAUGCCGGAAGCGCCCUACAGAUUAUGCCAGCAUUGGAGGCUAAAAUCCACGAACUGCGGAUGCUGGGCGGCAAACACUUUGCCCAGCUCGAGUGGUUCCGCCAGAACUGGAACUCCGGAUUCCGGUUACCGCCCCUGUUUGCCGAAAUCUUCGACAUCCCCAAGUGUGAGGAGGAUUUGCAGUAGGAGGGAGGAAAAUAAAGUGUGGGAAAAUCCGCUCGAUUAAUCUUCGUGGCCAAUACUAUUUUAGAAAUUACGAGAAUUGAACAUAUUGUAGUCCGUAAGAUAUUCGAAGUUAAGAAGCUACUCUAAACUGGAACAGAGCAAGACUUGCCAAAAUCACUCACUGAGAUGAAAAUGUUACAUGAUAGCAAAAUUAGAUGAAAUUAUUAAAGGUAUACCUUCUUGUUGAGUGAGUUUAUUUCAUUUUAGCCAAUUAUCAUUUGUAUAUUCGUCAUUAACGGUAGGAAACGAAGUUUGGUCUGAGUUUAAGUCGGAGGCAUGCAUGUACAAUUUCGGUUUGAUUAGCGAUAACAAAAAAAAUCAUUCAACUGGGAUGACCCUGCAAAACCGAUAUCAAGAAUCAUACAUACGUCACUAUAAAAAAACAUACACAUAUCACAAAUAUCGAUGUCAAAGUUGAAACCAUAACUUAAUGAUAACCAAACGACUAACCGCAAUUUCCCUGAAACAACAAAAAUUGGGCAACCUAUACCUAUCAGUAGUCUUAUCGUACCCCGAAAAUAGAGAGAACAAAAAACACAAUUCGAAACAUUGGUGCUUGAACUGAAUCUUAGAACAUUUUUACCAUUCGUUGUCAUUGUCGUCUCUUCUAGGGUUAGUGAUAGUAAGAUAGAGAAAAAAAACGCGUUGAUAUCAACAAUUAGAACCAAACUUUCUUCCUGCUCUACUUAUAUAGGUCAAUGAAUGGAACAAAACUAAGCCACAUGAGAUAAAGUAAAUCCAAGACAAAUAACUGACAGCUACUACUUCUUAUCUUAAAACUAUCAUACCAACUAUAACAUUUAUUAAAUCAAAACAUGAAAAUAGCUUUCAAAAUUCAUCUUAAGUAAAAAUUUAGAAAAUUCGUUUUGAAAUUUUCGGAAUAAACAUAAGACAAUUUAAUUCUAAAUUUGUAAUAGAAUUCGUAUCUGACAUCUGAAUUAAGAAAUAGAAUUCUGCAUUUUGAUUUCCGAUUCUGAAAUCUGAAUCUGAAUUCUGAAUCUGAAUUCUGAAUAUGAGUUCUGAAUCUGAAUUCUGACUCUGAAUUCUGAAUCUGAAUUCUGAAUUGGAAUUCUGAAUCUGAAUUCUGAAUCUGAAUUCUGAAUCUGAAUUCUGAAUCUGAAUUCUGAAUUCUGAAUUCUGAAUCUGAAUUCUGAAUUCUGAAUCUGAAUUCUGAAUCUGAAUUCUGAAUCUUAAAUUCUAAACCUGAAUUCCGGAGCUGAAUUCUGAUUCUUUUGUCUUAAUCUGAAUCCUUAUUACUGAAUCUGAAUUUGAAUUUUUUUAUCUUUAUUCUGGAUAACUAUGGAUUCAAAAGCUGUAUUUUUAAUCUUAAUACUAGAUUUGAUUUGGUUUUCUUAAGUGUUAUUUUAACUUCAUUUUCCAUCGCUUUAUUCUUCAACAACUUAAGUGAAUUGAAUGAGUACUCUCUAUUUAUGAGAUCGCUUAUCACGCUUCUAUACAGUAUGUGGAUCAAGACAUCCUUCCCUGAUUCAACCUUUAAAUCGACUCUUGACAAAAAAAAAUCAUAUUGCUAAAUCUCAAGAAACAAUUAGCAAAUCAACUGAAUAAACUGGUGCUGUAUCUUUAGAUGGUAGCUUUAAGUAAGCAAAUUUUAAAAAGUGAGAGCAAAACUAAAACAUAUUGGGAAAUCUUAGAUUUUAAUGAUGCUUGAAGGAUGAUAUAAAGAAAAAAAAACAA